GAUACCGGGGCGGGCAGGAGAGCGACUGGGUGUCUCGUCUAGGAGAGGACCUCGUGGCCUUCAACAUGGGAGACGAAAAGGAAGGGGGAAAAUGGAAAAAGAGCGCCAAGGACCCGGAGGUGUGGUACAACAAGGUCGAGGGCGGGGCGGCAUGGCUUAUGAGGAAAUGGCACAGGCAGGAGGCGGAAGCGUCCGCGAAGCGCCAGCGCGCGAGGGAAGCAGAAGCAGAGAGUACGACCAUCUCAGGACCGAAGANGCUGAAUGCCAUACUCCUUUAUGCAGCCGGAAGGAACGCGCGAGGGCGGAGGAUAGCAGGAAACUUGGCGCGUGAGUUGUCUAAAUAUAAAGCCCUCUGCCCUGCUGGACGCUCCUCCAUGGAAGCCCUGAAGGAACAGCUCCUGAGGGACGACUUUGAUGAAGUUCGACAACACCCAAAAUACCAGACCGCCAAUGUGCGGACCGAGGAAGGCAGCAUAUUGAAGUGGAUCCUCGACGUCCCGGGCGGCAAGGGCACCAGCUGGGAGGGCCUCGUGUACGACCUCAAGGUCACCUUCAGCCGCAGGCACCCGUUCGAGCCGCCCCGGGUGGACUUCCCCCGCACCCACCGCAACGUGUCAAACCCGGGCCACCCGCUCGUGGAUGCGAACGGCUGCCUCCGAAUGCAGAAGCUCAGCCCCGACAAGUGGCUGCCCACGAUAGAGGCAAGCCAGGUGAUUAGCUGGUUGUUUCACCUAUUUGAGACCGAGCCCCCUUGCGUAACGAGCGGCAACAGCUGCCCGUUCACGCACCUGUCGUCCGAGACAGUUCUCCAGGUGCAUGCGUUCUUGGACGCUGGCGACCUGGGGCGCCUCUCGCAAACUAGCAAGCACAUGCUCUCUCUCUGCUUCGACGAGGCGACUUGGGCGAAGCUGUACUACCGUUCGUGCACGUCGUUGGAUGGUCUCUUGGGGGAGAAGGAGGGCGGUGCUUGCCCCGUGCGCGUGAUGGGCGCGUCCGGGAAGUGGUUCUGGGAAGGAUCCAGGGAGGCAUUUAUCCGGUCUUGGGAGAUGAGAAAGGCGUGCAGCAGCGCGGCCUUCUCGACAGCCAAGACUCAAGAGCUGCACGUCAAGUGGGAGCUCAGCGGCCUCCUGACUGUGGCUGCGGGGCUGCUCUAUGACAUCCAAGACCGGCGGCUCGGUGAUGCUUUCCCCGCUGCCAACGCGGGAUACUUGCGCCACAUGGAGCGGGUUCUCGAUAGCCUGACCAUGAGGGUCGCGAGCUUGCAGCGACUGAUGGCGUGGCCCGGAGUCUGCCGCGGUCUUCUUUCCGAGAAGGACGAGGACCGCUCCCUGCCGAUCGACGCGUGGGGCCGGCCGGGGCAGCAGCGAAGGUCUCCUUCGCCGUCCCCACCACCUCACGAGAAGCAUCACAGGUGCAACGCCGGCGCUGACGGCGGGGGCGGCAGCGGCGGCGGCAGUCACGGGGGGGACUCGAGCGGUAGGGAGGCGCGGCUCACCCCGGAGCAGCGGGAAGCCAUGCGCCUGCUCUUCGGAAACCUUGCCGCGCUGCCGGUGGCCAGACGCAGGCAGCAGCAGCAGCAGCAGCAGGGGCAGGGGCACCCCUUCGCAGAUCCUGAAGCGGCGGCCGGGGCGGCGGCGUUGGCGGCGGCGGAAGCAGCCGGGGCUUGGCCCUGGGAGGAGCAAGAGGCCGCCGCGACGGCGCGGACUCCGCCGGAAGGCUUCCCGUACCAUCAUCAUACCGUGGCUGGGCCGUGCAUCCCGUACGGCAUGGGUAGGGUGGAACUUCCCGCUCGGGUCGGCGGAGAGCCGCCGCAGGUCCUUGCUGCGGCGGACGGCGACGAUGAAAUGGAAGACAUCGGCGGUGGGGCCGCCGCGGCCGCCGCCGCCGCCGCCGCCUCCAGCGGAUGCGCCACCCUCCAGAACGCGCAGCCGGCGUGCGGCAUGGGGGGAUUGUUUUGGCCGACCCUGUACGACCUGACGGCCGCCAAGCGGCGGCAGCGCGAGCGACUGCGUGAGUGCUUCCGCAAGUUUUCUCGCGGCCAGAGACUGGACGUCCUCGACCCUUCGGGUGUUUGGAUGGGCGCGGAAGUGAUGUGGGCCCCUGGGGACGGGGGCGUCGGUACCCUCCGCGUUGGCGGGUGGGGAGAAGAUGGCGGUGCCGGGGCUGGAGCCGGGGCUGGAGCCGAGGCUGCCCCUGCUGCUGAGGUGGCCGGGGGCGGUGGCAUCCAAGGCGGAGGCGGCGGCGGCGGCGGCGGCGGCGGCGGCCCGCUUGCAGGCUACCCCGUAGGUGGCAACGGCGGCAUGCCGGAGUGGCGGCGGGUGCUUCAGCUCGGCCUUAUGGCAGACAGUGGGCAAGCAGCCCCCCAUCCGAACAACAACAACGUUGCGGCUGCAGCAGCAGCCGCGACCGCAGCCGCCAACGACGCCGCCGCCGCCGCCGCCGCUGCCGCCGCCGCUGCGGCUGCGGCUGCGGCCGACAACGUUGCCGGGGGAAACGGAGGCGCUUCCGACCCGAACUCUUCUUCCCUCGGCAGCAGCAACGGAGGGGACUGGGUCACCACCGAAGCCCCGAAGGCGUCGCAGUCGUUGCUAGCGUCCGCCGUCGCCUCCGCCGCCGAUUCUCUCCCUAACCCCCCGCCGCGGUCGUGUCCCAGGAGGUCUCCGCCUCCUGUGUUGGCGAACUGGAACCCCGGCGCGGGCGCCGCCCUUGCCGCUGGUCCUGCGGGCGGUGGAGCAGCGGACGCGGCGGCGUCAGGAGCCAUCGCCGCCGCCGCCGUUGAUCAAGCGGCGGCGGCGGCGGCGGCUGGCGGUCCUGCGGCAGGGGCGCUGGUUUUCGGGCAAGGCGGCACCACGCCCCCCGGCAGCAACAGGAAGCUGGUGAGGGUUCACUAUGAGGGGCACAAGAAGAAAUAUGAUGAGUGGAUCAGCGUGCAGUCCGGGAGGCUGGCACCGUUCCGGUCCCGUACCACCCGGCCGCUGAGCGUGACGAUGCAGUUUGUGGAGCAGGUGGUCAAAGGCGCUUCCGUCAGCUCGUCGAGGGGCGUUCCCGCCCCCGACUGCGUCGAGAUCUUCAUGUCAUGCCCCUGGGUAUCCCACUGCGCCGGCGGCGGUGUCGUGACGUACCGGCUUCCAAGAUCGACUAAGCUCUGCGGCGUACUGGCCGACUUCUGCCACUUGGCAGACAUCAGCCUGCGGCGCGCGACCGUGAAGCGAGCGAGGUUGUUCCUCGCGUCGGACUUCAGGGACGGCUGCUGCGACGGAGAGGAACUCGACGACCAUCGAACGCUCGAGUACCUGAACGUCACCUCGGGCUCCGUUCUUCUCGUCUGCGUGGCUCCGACGGUCAAGGACCUCGCGCCCGCAGGCUCAUUGUGCGUGUCCCCUUCCGCCGGGGACGAGUACCCCAGGAGACGGCCCGGAGGGGGAGGGCGUGGAGGCGGCGGCGGUAGUGCUUCUGGUUUCGACGGAAGAGAGUUCGACCACGAGGAGGAGGUGGACACAGAGGACGAGGAGGUCGGGGAGUAAGUUGCUCGGUGAGGAAGAGGGACGCCGGGCCAUUUGGGUUUCGCGACGCCUCUAAAGAGGAGGGGGUGACCACAAUGACAGAUGCCGUUGCUGCCGGGGCCGUCCAGGGAACCGCGGGUGAGGGGGAGGGAGAGGGACCAGACAUCACCCCGUCCCGGCUACCCCCUCCUGACAAGGCAGGUGGAGCAGUGGCUCUCGCCGUGUGUUUCUGCUGGUGGAGGGGCGGGCUCCGCAAGAUUGUGCGGGCAGUGGGGGGUGCUAGUAGGCCGAAGUAGCGCGCUUGCACGAAGCGCCAGCUGUUCGGCCGAAGCGCGUGUUUGGGUUAGUUUUGUGUCCGCCGGCAGGCUGGGAGUGCGCGUGUUGGCGCGGAAGGAUCGAGAGCGACGAGUUUUUUUUUCGUCGGUUGACCUUGUGGUUGUUUUUUUCACCCGCAUCGGCUUCUGUCGUGGCGGGGGGCACCGUGGCUGGGUGAGACUGGGGGCGCGGAUGAUGCCGUUUUCUUGGCCCCCGUGCAUCUUUGAGCCGGUGCCAACAACGAGACCUCCUUGAGGGUGGAAGUCUGGUGCCGGGUGAAUUGGUUCAUGAGCGUCCUUGAUCGCAUUUGGCUGCCGAGCGCCUUGUUUCUACACGUAUUUAUUUCAGUGUCAUUAGGGGGGGCGCUUCGGACGUACCUAGACAGGAGAACAGAACGGAAGCGAGAAGAAGCAUCUCGUGAUCUCCCGUUGUCUCCCGUGGAAAUUUUUAUUGGUAAGUUGUACAGGAGUUUUGUCCCGUCGUCUCGAAGACUGGGGGGGGGAGAUGUGGUGGGUGGGUGUGGCGCCGUUUCCGUUUCACGAGAAGCACGAGCACGCCCAGUGCGAGAGCAAAGGCGGUUUGCUUUUGGUACAUAAGCUGCGGUUUUCCCUCGCGCGGGACAGUGUACAGUAAGGAGUCCCCGAAAUUUGGUGCUGUGGCGGGGAAGCUGACAAUGACCGCCUUAUAUGGGGCAGCGGCCGUACUCAACUGUACUAGACUCGCCUGCGCCCGUCGAUUUCAGCCGCCUCAUGUUAGGCGACCACGACCAUCUUGCUUGGACCGCCUUAUUCGGAAACCCCAAUCGGUAUCUAGCUGAAAUGUUUUUCGGGGAUGGCUCGAUAUUCCUGCUGUUGAGCGUCCAAAUGGCAUUUUUUUGUCGAUUUGUCACGGUCGAGGGGAGGCGGGACGGAUGGAACGUCAUGUUUCAUGUUUUGUUGUUGUUUGAAGUAGAAGUAUACCGUAGUACCAGGCAACAUCGAUAUGUGUCAAAUACAGAGAAAAACAUUUGUGGCACGCAGUUUGCUGACUGGAAAAAUAACCUGCGGCGGAAUUUCCAAAAAAAAAAGCAGGCACGAUGACCCAAGAUCCUUGUUUGGCGGAUGGCGUUAUCCACGGUGAAAUCGAGGCAGGCACCUCAGGAAAUCUUGGGGGCAUCUUCUGAUGAUAUUUCUGCAGAAUCCUCAUCUUGAAUGACUACGAACGGGAUGGAUGGAGAUGGAUCCGCCGGCCGGCCGAUAUCCACGUGGAGUUCUGUGUGGGAAUCACCGAAGGAUUCCUGGUCUAGUCUAUGUAUGUAUACUACACAGGCCGGGCGGAGAAUGUUGUUGUUUGUCUAAAAGUUGGUUUGUGUUGUAUGCGUAGAGUAAGCAGAGCAAGUGUAUUUUUUCCAAGGUGGACCAAGCUAUUGUAACGUGUUCGAGAUGGCUGGAAGAAAACGAGGAUCCAGACGAAGUCAUUGAAGCCUUGAGAAAAUUACACCCCAGGUCUCUGAACAAGAAUGUCAGAAAGGUCGGGCUGCAGUGGAUGGAAACAUAUGGCGCUGACCAUAAUGCGGGUC